AAGUUUCCCAACUCUUCAGCCACAAUCUCUUACUACAGGAGCAAAUUGCCUAUUCUGCUCCAGUGGAAGAAAACCAGGUUUCCUCAAUGGACACUCUAGCAACAUCAAUCAACCAGUUUGCCUUGGAGUUGAGCAAAAAGCUAGCUGAAUCUGCUCAGGGUAAAAAUAUUUUCUUUUCUUCCUGGAGCAUCUCAACUUCCUUGGCCAUGGUAUAUUUGGGCACAAAAGGCACCACUGCAGCCCAAAUGGCCCAGGUGCUUCAAUUUAACAGAGACCAGGGAGUCAAAUCCAGCCCUGAAAGUGAAAAAAAAAGGAAAAUGGAAUUCAACUUGAGCAACUCGGAAGAAAUACACUCUGAUUUCCAUACGCUUAUCUCAGAAAUCCUCAAGCCCAACGAUGACUACCUACUUAAAACAGCCAAUGCGAUAUAUGGUGAGAAAACGUAUCCAUUUCACAAUAAAUAUUUAGAAGACAUGAAAACAUAUUUUGGUGCAGAGCCUCAGUCUGUUAACUUUGUGGAAGCUUCUGACCAAAUCAGAAAGGAGAUCAACUCUUGGGUUGAAAGACAGACCGAGGGUAAAAUCCAGAAUCUCCUACCCGAUGACUCUGUGGAUUCCACAACCAGGAUGAUUCUGGUGAACGCCCUGUACUUUAAAGGAAUCUGGGAACAUCAAUUCUUAGUGCAAAACACCACAGAAAAGCCUUUUAGAAUAAACGAGACUACAAGCAAACCAGUGCAAAUGAUGUUUAUGAAAAAAAAGCUUCAAAUUUUUCACAUAGAAAAGCCACAAGCAGUGGGCCUUCAACUCUACUACAAAAGCCGUGACCUCAGCCUGCUUAUCCUACUGCCAGAAGACGUUAAUGGGCUGGUACAGCUGGAAAAGGACAUCACCUAUGAGAAGCUGAAUGAGUGGACCAGUGCAGACAUGAUGGAGUUGUAUGAAGUGCAGCUACACCUUCCCAAGUUCAAGCUGGAAGACAGUUAUGAUCUCAAGUCAACCCUGAGCAGUAUGGGGAUGAGUGACGCUUUCAGCCAGAGCAAAGCUGAUUUCUCAGGAAUGUCUUCAGCGAGAAACCUAUUUUUAUCCAAUGUUUUCCACAAGGCUUUUGUGGAAAUAAAUGAGCAAGGUACUGAAGCCGCAGCUGGCACUGGGAGUGAGAUAGAUUCACGAAUUAGAGUCCCAUCCAUCGAAUUCAAUGCAAAUCACCCAUUCCUCUUCUUCAUCAGGCACAAUAAAACCAACAACAUUCUUUUUUAUGGAAGAUUAUGCUCCCCCUAAAUCCCGCAUAUCUCUCAACAAACAAGGCCAUCUUACAGUGUGAAAAAUGUACCAUGAGAUGGAAGAGCACAAUUUUCACAAAAAUGAGUUUGUAGUCUAAACCUUUUUCAUAUUUGAAUAUAAGUAAAUAGAUCUUGAAAUAAUGCAUUCUAAUGAUCCUGUCAUAUCUGUACAGCUGGAGAGAAUAACAAGUUUUAUUUUUACCACGUUAA